CACGGCGCAACGUCAUAAGUUUCUAACCUCUGACCUAACCUUUCCCUUGGACAAUAACAAAACAAUUCAUUUUCAGUAAUUGAAAAGCAUAGAUUGAAAAAAUGAGCUUAAAACUAUUUUAUGAUUUGUUGUCGCAGCCAUCUAGGGCUAUGUAUAUAUUGUUGAAAGUAAGUAAAGUCCCAUUUGAAUCUUGUCCUGUUAAUUUGAGAGGUGGAGAACAUCUUUCGGAAGAAUUCAGAGAAAAAUUUAACAGAUUUCGGCAAGUUCCUUUCAUACAUGAUAAAGACUUAAAACUAAGUGAGAGUGUUGCUAUUGUUAGAUACAUAUCCAGAGAAUAUGGACUUGGAGAUUUGUAUCCAAGUGAUAGUAGAGAACAGGCUCUUGUUGAUGAAUACUUAGAAUGGCAACAUACCAAUACAAGACUGUUUUGUGCUCAAUAUGCCUAUUACAAAGCAAUAGUGCCUAUGAUGACUGGAAGAGACCCUGAUCUCAAUCUAGUAGCAAAACAUGAAAAAGGAAUUCGAAGAACAAUGGACACUAUUGAGAAUAUAUGGUUGGGAAAAAAUAAAUUUUUAUGCGGCAAUACAAUAUCCGUGGCUGAUUUAUUUGCUGCUUGUGAAAUUGAACAACCACGUAUUGCUGAUUUGAAUCCAGUAGCUGGUAGACCAAAAUUGGAGGAAUGGUUAGAUAAUGUUAGAAAAGAAUUCGAUCCCAUUUAUUCGGAAGCUCAUCAAACUCUAAAUCAGUUGGUUUCAAAUAAUGGGAAAGCUAAAUUAUAAUUAUAAUUACAAUAUUCAGGUGCUAAUAAUGUAAGAAGUGCAAUUAUUUACAAAUUCUCAAUAUUUAGAUGGGUAUUUAGGAUAUUAUUUUAUAUGGUAUAUCAAUAAAGUAUGAUGGCUUUA